AUGUGUUCGGCCAGUCCCCCUGUCCCAGACCCGGCCGCCCCUCUGUCCUCACUUCAGUCCAUUCACAAAGACCAGUUGUGUGUGGGACAGGAGACGGAGAACCACCUGGCGUUAGGGGCCUGGCUCUCCCAUGGCCCCCAGGAGCGCCGCUGGGCACUCUCUGAACCCUUCUGGCUGGCGCUGGGCCUGGAGACGCUCUUUGGGGACGGGUUUGGAGAUGUGAUGACCUGGCUCAUCGCUCAAACGCUCAAUAAGACUUCUCCUUCCAUCCGGACCCCCACGGCCCCUAUGAGAACCCGACUCAUCGCUCAAAGCUUCAAUAACAGUCUGAUCACACAGGAGGCCUCCUCGCCCCGCCCUGCUGCAGCCCACGUGGGCGGACAUUGUGACUGUCCCAUUGUCCGGCAGGCGGCUCUGAGGGGGGCUGCGGCACUGGGCAUGACAGUAAAGAUGGCUGACACUGGCGUUUACAGUGCUCUUGGCACCCUAAUGGAUGGCCUGUUUUCUUAG